AUCAGACAAAAUCAUCCCCCUUCUACAAUGUCUCAACAGGCACUCAUUUAUCUCUUGUUUCUCAAACUCUCCACAGAUGAAGAGAAGGAGCCGGAAAAGCGUCAGAAAAGAUCAAUGCCACACAUUUUUGGAUAUCCCAUCAGCAUAUGCUUCAUUAUUGUCAAUGAAUUCUGUGAAAGAUUCUCCUACUAUGGAAUGCGAGCGGUCCUCGUCAUAUAUUUCCGCUACUUUCUUCUCUGGGAUGAGGAUCUCUCUACUGCAAUAUACCACGGCUUUGUUGCGUUGUGCUACCUAGCACCUCUCCUUGGAGCCAUCGUUGCUGACUCCUGGCUGGGAAAAUUCAAGACUAUCGUCUACUUAUCUAUUGUGUACACCAUUGGACAAGUGGUUAUAUCGAUCAGUAGUAUUGCAACCUUAUCUGACACUAAUGGAGAUGGUCACCCAGAAAACCUGAGUAUGCAUAUAGGGUUGUCGAUGCUUGGAUUGCUGCUCAUUGCUUUGGGAACUGGUGGCAUCAAACCAUGCGUGUCUGCUUUUGGAGGAGACCAGUUUGAGGACCAUCAGGAAGAUAAAAGGAGGAAGUUCUUCUCAAUCUUCUAUUUAGCAAUCAAUGCAGGAAGUCUUAUUUCCACAAUUGUUACUCCGAUCCUGAGAGAACAAACUUGUGGCAAGGUCCCCCAGCCAUGUUAUCCUCUGGCUUUCGGGAUCCCAGGAGCACUGAUGGCAGUAGCUUUAGUUGUCUUUAUUGGAGGAAGUUCCUUGUACAAGAAGUCUUCUCCACAGGGGAAUGUCGUGCUUAAAGUUAGCAAGUGCAUUGCAUAUGCAAUCAGAAACAGAUUCAGGCAUCGCAGUGAGGAGUUCCCCAAACGAGAACAUUUUAUGGACUGGGCUUCAGACCGAUAUGAUGAACAUUUGAUUGCUCAAAUCAAGAUGGUGCUGAAAGUUUUAUUCAUGUAUAUCCCUCUUCCCAUGUUCUGGGCUUUGUUUGACCAGCAGGGUUCAAGAUGGACUUUGCAAGCUAUUGCAAUGAAUGGAAAUUUUGGAGGCCUUGACAUCCAGCCUGACCAGAUGCAGACGGUGAACCCAAUCCUGAUUCUGGUUUUGGUUCCAUUUGUUGACACAAUUGUCUACCCCCUGAUUGCUAAGUGCAAGUUAAACUUUACACCGCUGAGAAAGAUGACGGUCGGGAUGUUCCUUGCAGCUCUGGCCUUCAUUGCUGCUGCUUUGGUGCAAAUUCAAAUCGAUAAAACUCUUCCUCAUUUUCCUGUUGGUGACCAAAGCCAAAUUAAGAUUAUAAAUGUUGGUAAAACAGGAAUCAAUGCAACCCUGAAUGGAUUAUCCCAGUCUUACAGUGUGCAGCCAUCACAGGCAACUGACUAUAUCACUGUCCCAACAAUGGCUCUGAAAACUAUUGCUGUUGACGAUGGCAAACAGAACAAAGUCAUUCAAACUCAUCUUUCCAAUAAAACUCGCCACACACUGUUGGUAACAGACUUGCCCACUCUUGAUGACGAAUUGUUGAAGGAUAUUAACAACAAACCAGAGGAAGGAAAAAAUGCCAUCAGAUUUAUUACCACGUUGACCGGCAUUGACAACCUCAAGAUGGGCACUGUUGAUUUUGGAAAUUUGACCAGAUUAUUUGUCUCUAACUACACGCUUUUCACCAAAGGAACGAAAAAAAUCACAUUUAUCAGUAAUGGAAAUAAAUGCUCACAAGAUUCAAUAAAUUUUGGUUAUGGGAGCUCGUACACGAUCAUCAUCAGUGAAACGUGUAUCUCUCAGGAUUUCAAAUUAAAUUACAUCGAAGACAUUCAAGCAAACAGUGUUCAUAUGGCAUUGCAAAUCCCUCAAUACAUUUUAAUUACAACUGGGGAGGUGGUCUUCUCUGUUACUGGUCUGGAAUUCGCAUAUUCCCAGGCACCUUCCAACAUGAAGUCAGUGCUCCAGGCCGGUUGGCUCCUGACCAACGCUUUCGGAAACAUAAUUGUGCUGAUAGUAGCGGAAGCUUCGACCAUUGAGGAACAGUGGGCUGAGUAUAUUUUGUUUGCUGCUCUCUUGAUAGCCGUUUCCAUAAUAUUCGGCAUCAUGGCCAGAUACUACACUUAUGUGGAUCCCAAGUUAGUGGAAGCUGAGUAUGAGGAAAAGGAACUUGCCAGAAAGAAAGAAGAAGAAUUAAAUGCAAAUCAAUCAACAGCUCAGUCAGAAUUCUAAAUGCAGCAAACAGAAACAUUUCUGUUCAGUUUAACCAGACAUAUCCUCACAGAAGGGACCCAUGGGCUUAGACUUGCAGUCUACUCAAUAAGAGACCCCAGUGUGACAUCGGUUCCUCAUUUAGAAGUCCCUCAAUGAACACUUUCUUCAUGAUCUACACCGGCCAACGUUUCAGUGUUAUUCCCAAAAACUUGAAAAAGCUUGAGCAAACACAUUUAAAGCUGAAUAUAUUGAUAAUUUCUUUAUAACACGAUGCACAGAUCUGCCACACUGCUGUCAAAUGAUUACCUUUUUGUGUAUGAUAUAAUAAUUCUGAUUAUAUUUUUUUACUGAGAUAUUGCAAUAAUUCAAGGAUAUAUUUCUUCUUGUUAAUUCUGUCUAUUAUUGCUGGUUCAGUCCAAGCAAUAGGAAAUUGAAAGCCCUCAACUUUGCCACCCCCACCCAAAGCUAUUUUAUUACAUUGGACCCUCACUUUCUUUAUACAGAACCUGCCACAGUGUGAAACCAAAGUAACUCAAGUUAUAUGUCAAAUCAGGAGACUUUCCAAACUAGAUCUCCAAGAUCAGGAGACCUUCCAAAAUAGAUAUCUAGAAUCGGGAAACUUUCUCCAAAAUUGUCUGAAUAUUCCGAGAAGGAUUGUAACGGGAAUGUACUUAAAAUGUCAUUCAUGUUGAAGAAGAUAUAAAUACGGAUAUUAAAAGUGAUGUGUAUAUAUAUGCUCAACGUGCUGAAUUUAUACAUUGAGUUUAUUUGCUUUAUAACAUGGAGGUAGAGCUGACGCCAUACCGCGCCAGAGACCUGGGUUCAACCCUGACUAAGGGUGCUGUUUGUGUGGAGUUUUUACGUUCUCCCUGUGAUCAUGUGGGUUUUCUCCGGGUUAAAUGUGUAAGAAGAAACUGCAGAUGCUGAUUUAAAGAGUCAAGAGUGUUUUAUUGUCAUAUGUCCCAGAUAGAACAAUGAAAUUCUUACUUGCUGCAGCACAACAGAAUAUGUAAUCAUAAUAAAUAAUAUAACAAAAGCUCAGAAAAAAAGAACAAACAAUAACAGCGCAUUAAUAAUAAUAAUAAUAAUAAUAAUAAUAAUAAUAAUAAUCUAUUGUAGUACAUAGCUUAUGAGGUUGUAGUGUUUAAUAUCCUGAUGGCUGUAGGGAAGAAGCUGUUCCUGAACCUGAAAGUUACAGUUCUCAGGCUCCUGUACCUUUUCCCUAAUGGCAGUGGUGAGAUGCGUGUGUGGCCAGGAUGGUGUGGGUCUUUGAUAAUGCUGGCAGCCUUUUUGAGGCAGCGACUACGAUAGACCACUUCGAUGGUGUGGAGGUCAGAGCCAGAGAUGGACUGGGCAGUGUUUACAACUUUUUGCAGUCUUUUCGGCUCCUGGACGUUCAAGUUGCCGAACCAGGCCACGAUGCAACCAGUCAGUAUGCUCUCUACAGUGCACAUGUAGAAGUUCAAGAGAUUCCUCUUUGACAUACCGAAUCUCCGUAAUUUUCUCUGGAAGUAGAGGUGCUGAUGUGCUCUCUUUAUGAUUGCAUCAGUGUUUUGGGACCCGGGGAGAUUGUCGCAAAAUGUGCACGCCCAGGAAUUUGACGCUUUUGACUCGCUCCACCAUCUUGAUAUAAACAUCCACCAUCCACCAUGUUGAUAUAAACAGGGUUGUGGGUCCUCAACCUUCCUCUUCCAAAGUCCACAAUCAGUUCUUUGGUUUUACUGAUAUUGAGAGCCAGGUUGUUGUGCUGGCAACAUUUGGUCAGUAGGUCGAUCUCACUUCUAUACUCUGACUCAUCACCAUCUGCAAUUCGUCCCACAACGGUGGUGUCGUCAGCGACCUUGAAAAUGGAGUUUGCACUAUGUCCGGCUACACAGUCAUGAGUAUAGAGUGAGUAGAGCAGGGGGCUGAGCACGCAGCCUUGAGGUGUUCCCGUACUGAUUAUCACUGAGGAUGAAGUGUUUCUGCCAAUUCGAACAGACCGUGGUCUGUGGAUGAGGAAGUCAAGGAUCCAAUUGCAGAGCAAUGCGCAGAGAUCCAGUUCCGUGAGCUUGGUAACCAGCUUGGAGGGGAUGAUGGUAUUGAAUGCCGAGCCGUAGUCAAUAAACAACAGCCUGACGUAAGUGUUUUUAUUGGUCCAGUGCAGAGUGGAGAGCCAGUGAGAUCGCAUCCUCCGUGGACCUAUUGUGACGGUCGGCAAACUGAAGUGGGUCGAGGUUCUUAUUGAGGUAGUAGUUGAUAUGCCCUAUAACCAACCUCUCAAAGCACCAUCACCACGGAUGUUAGUGCCAUUGAUCGAUAGUGCCAUUGAUCGAUAGGCAUUGAGGCACGUCACCUUGCUCUUCUGGGGUACCGGUAUUAUUGAUGCCCUCUUAAAGCAGGAGGGAACCUCAUACCUCAGCAGUGAGAGAUUGAAAAUGUCUGCAAAACCCCCAGCCAGUUGGUCCGCACAGGUUUUGAGAACUUGACAGGGUAUACCAUCAGGUCCAGGCGCUUUCCGAGGGUUCACCCCGCUGAAGGAUCUUCUGACGUCGGCCUCUGUGACUGUGACUGUGACUGUAAUUCCAUCAGGGCGAAGAUAGACACAAAAACCUGGAGUGAAGAAGGGUCUCGACCUGAAAUGUCACCUAUUCUGUAGCUCCCAAGUAGUACACGAGGCCCGAGAUCAUGGUUAAAUACGGGGUUUAUUUUCGGCUCCAACCAACCCGUGAGAA